AUGUCCAGGCAGCUGCACGCUGGGUCCAGUGCUCCAGCCACUAUAUCGGGCAUUGACUGGAACAGCUCCCCAGCGAAGGAUCUGAACUGGUGUCAGAAGAGAACAAAAUAUCUGGUGCGCAAGGAGUCUUCUGAGCUGGAGGUGGAGGAUUCACAGAGAUUCAUGUCUGGUGAAAGGACUUUGUUGCGGCUGCCUGUGACUGCAGCGGGACUCUCUGGGCAUGUCACCAUGGUGAAUUCAGAGCCCCAGAAUAGAGAUACAUGUCUUAGCAUUACACGAGGCUGCCUCCUGGCCGGAGAAAGACUGGCUUUACUGGGAAGGAUUGAUAAGUACGUGUCUCUGGCCAGCUACAGCAUCCCUCAGCUAUGUCAGUUUACUGUGUGCAUCGAUCUAAACCGGACUGCCAAUAUAAGUUCUUGGGCAGCAUUUUCCUACGACACUAACAACACCUCCACUGACAUAAAUGACAUAGAGCUUGGACUCUCUGGGGAAAACAAGCACCUGAGAGUGUAUCUUUUUGGGACGAGAAGAGACAUUGAGAUUGACUUAGCCAUUUUUGUCUGGUAUAGUGUGUGCUGCCUUUGGGACACCAGAACACAACUGCUGCAGGUCUACUGCAAUGGUAACCUACUGUAUAACGAAACCAUUGACCAUGCUGAGUGCCUGAAACCCAACGGAAGCCUGGUGCUGGGGCAUCUGCAUAAAAAUCAGGAUGGCCUAAUAGUGCGGGUAAGCAACAGCUUCAUUGGCAGCUUGUACUAUUUUCAAAUGUGGGACCACACCAUGGAGCAGGAAGAGUUACUGGACUGUGCCAUGGGCAAUAUUGUUAGCUGGAAGGAAGAGUACUGGGAAUUUAGCAGCAUAGUUCCAGUCGCUGACCGUCACCUGCGCUGUGUUAGAUUCUAUAACGUGGACAUGAACUUUUCUCUUUUCUACGAAACUGAGAGAACUCCUGAUUACUAUGAUGCAACGAGGCUUGUUAAAAAUUGGUUUAAUACCUUAUUUUCUGGAGAUGAAUUUGUCAUGACAAAUUUCAAAGUCAGUGCAAUUGAUAUAGAGCUUGAACAAGCUAUUUGGAAGAAACCAAGCCUGACUGAAUGUAAAUUACUGAAAGAACUUCCAAAUAAUAUUUUAGAUCUUCAGGAUGUCAUCAUAACAGAUGAGAACGCGGAAGAUGUUGUACAGCAUAUUUUAUAUCUUUUGCCAGAUGCAAAACUGGAUAUGGAAGAAAUAGAAAUCAUUGCAGAUAAAACUUCUGACAUCGCAAGGACUGCUGAUAUAAGUGGCACACUUGCAGAGGCUAUAUUAAAUGUAUUCAACUAUAUUUUGCUGCAAGAAAUAGAAAAUCAGAGCAUUAGAAAAAUGACCAAUAGUAUCCUGAAGACAAUUGAGGAGAUAGGCUAUAAGAUGACUUACACAGAAAGAAAUGCGUCGAUUGUAACUACUUCCCUGGCUUUGGCGGUGAUGCGUCCAGAUCCCAGUGUUUUUGAAGGACUGGCCUUUGGCGUUACCUCAUAUGAGAGGGGCCUGAAUCUCAAGAUCAAUAUUCAAGAAAACCCUUUCAAAAAGGCCUUGGCCUCUGUGUUUUUGCCAAAAUCACUGAAGAAAUUCUUAGGAAUCGAGUACUCUGACCCAGAAAAGCAGUCAAAGAUCCAGUUUAAUUUUUUUGGCACAACUUCACUUUUUGUGGAUGAUAGUUUAAAGAGGAAGAAGUUGAAUACUUACGUUGUGAGUGCCAGCAUUGAAAAUGCAUCCAUUCAGAACCUCAGUGAGCCUGUGAAUAUUACUCUUCAGCACAUAGACCAAAAUACGGGUAAUAGAGCAGUGCACUGCGUCUUUUGGGACUUUCUGAAGAACAAUGGACUGGGUGGUUGGAAUACAUCAGGGUGUGAAAUGGAAUAUACAGAUAUGAAUUACACAAUCUGUUUUUGUAAGCACCUUACCCAUUUUGGAGUCCUACUGGACUUGUCCCGGACAGAGAUAGAUACCACAAAUGAUUAUAUAUUAACUUUGGUAAGCUAUGCAGGAUGUGGUGCUUCUUCCCUUUUUUUGGGUAUCACACUGGUGACGUAUCUAGCCCUUGAAAAGCUGCGGAGAGACAAUCCUUCAAAAAUUCUGCUAAAUCUUUGUGCUGCAAUGCUGAUGGUGAACUUGGUCUUCCUGGUCAAUUCCUGGCUGUCUUCAUUCAACAAGCCUGGUCUCUGUAUCACUGUGGCUGCACUCCUUCACUACUUCCUGCUUGCAGCUUUCACAUGGAUGUGCCUGGAGUCUGUUCACAUGUACUUGGCUCUUGUCAAAGUUUUCAAUGUUUACAUCCCAAAGUACAUCCUAAAAUUCUGCAUUGCUGGGUGGGGAAUACCAGCUAUUGUAAUUAGUAUUGUACUCAUUAUAAAUAAAGACUUCUAUGGCAAUGGAUCACUUUCUAAGAACAAUCCAUUCAGCUCUUUUUGUUGGAUUCAAGAGAACACGGUGUUUUACAUCUCCGUUGUGGCCUAUUUCUUCUUAAUGUUUUUGAUGAAUACGGUCAUGUUCAUCACUGUUCUUCUCCAAAUCCACUCCAUGAAAUCAAAGACACAAAAUAGAUCCAGAUUCUGGAAACAGGGUUUUCUCCGUGACCUCAAAAGUGCUUUCAGCUUGAUGUUCCUUCUGGGAUUAACAUGGGGCUUUGUGUUUUUUGCCUGGGGAGCAGUGAGGAUAUUUUUCUUGUACCUCUUCAGCAUUUUUAACACCUUGCAAGGGUUCUUUAUCUUUGUGUUUCAUUGCCUAAUGAAGGAAGAUGUACUGAAGCAGAGCCGAAUACAGUUUUGCUGGGGGAGAUUUCGUCCGAAUAAUUAUUCUGAAAUGUGGAAAAACUGA